CUAAACCACAAUAUCAAACAAAUUCGCUACUUAAGCUAACCUUUUUGUUUAAGAUUAGUGUGCAUUUUUACAUUUCAAAUUUUUUUGCGUUUGCGGCUAAAAUUAAGUUGCGUUGCAGUAGACACUAGUAUCAAGUAAUAUCAACUCGCUUAAUUGCCCGGUUAAAGUUUUCACACGAUCGAAAUUUGCAUGCGUUGGGGAUAACCACGCACCUCAUUGACCUUUUGUAGUUCGAAAUUAAAAGUAAGCAACUCCUGAAAUUGGGGUUCAUUUAAGAGGACAGAGACGAUAACAAUGGCGGUUUAAUACCCAAACUAAAGGUUCGGAGAUAAAUUUAGCCUUAACCCUUAGAGGAGUUGCUGGUGACUGAAGAUAGUAAAGAAAGGUAGCCAGAAUGAAGUUUGGAAAGGAAUACAAGCAGCAAAUGGUGGCCGAGUGGGUAGAAGCAUACAUGGAUUACAAUGGCUUAAAAAGGAUAUUGCGGGAAAUCCGUCAGUCUAGAGCCCCUAAAACGCCACAAACACCAUUAAGAGUCUUACAACAAAGGUUUUCUAUGUACAGCCCCUUUAGAGGGUCAGAAAUAGAGCUCAGAAAUCAGCAAAGUAGAGGGGAUAUUGAGGACCAAGUGAUUAAGGUUAGUCCUUUGGUAGGGGAGAGUAACAGGACAUUCUACAGGACAAGACUCUUAUUUCCGUCUGAAGAAAUAGGUGCAGAAGAUGAGGUUAACUUCUUUAAGAAACUUGAUGAGGAGCUCAACAAAGUCAAUACAUUCUAUCGAGAUAAAAUGGAUCAAGUUAUAAAAGAUGCAGCUGAGUUGAAGAAGCAAAUGGAUGCUUUUAUUGCAUUGAGAAUUAAGGUGCAAAACCCUGGUACUAAGGAGUCUGAUCCAGCAGUUGCUACAAAGCCCUUAAAAGCCACCACUCAAGCUCAAGCAUCCUCUUCAAGCGAAAGCGAAACUGGUGGUGGUAAGGAAAUUUCAAGUCUGACUAAUGAUGGAUCAGAUUACUUGAAGGUUCUUAAUCAUGUCAGGAUUAAUGAUACACUUCAAGGUCCAAUAUCAGUGAUACGAGGUAUUCUGCGGGAUUUCAAGGACAAAAAGUUAAGUUUUAGCAAACAGGAGUUAAAACAAGUUGAAGAACGUCUGAAAACUGCCUUAACAGAAUUUUACCAGGAACUUCGGCUUCUUAAAAACUAUAGCUUUAUGAACCUCUCAGCAUUUGCCAAGAUCAUGAAAAAGUAUGAGAAGACCACCUCAAGGUAUGCAGCUCGAUCAUACAUGAAAAUUGUGGACAAGUCUUACUUAGGAAGCUGUGACGAGGCUACCAAGCUCAUGGAGAAUGUAGAACACAUAUUCAUCAAACAUUUCUUUCAUGCAAAUCGAAGGGAAGGCAUGAAGCCUCUGAGACCAAUAAAAAGAAGAGAAAAACACAGAGUAACCUUUCUUUCAGGUUUCUUUGCUGGUUGCACUAUUUCACUUGCACUAGCCAUUAUUCUUAUAAUGCGAGCCAGGAAAAUUAUGGAGAGAGGACAAGGCUCCAAUUAUAUGGAGAAUAUGUUUGGACUUUACAGCUUAUUUCUGUAUAUAGUCCUACAUAUGCUCAUGUAUGCUGGAGAUAUAUACUUUUGGAAGCGCUGUCAAAUCAAUUAUCCAUUUAUAUUCAAUUUUAAGCAAGGAACUGAAGUGGGUUAUCGAGAAGUGUUCCUUCUCAGCACCGGCCUUGCAGUUCUUGCUCUUGCUAGCUUCUUUGCAAAUUCUAAUAUACUCAUUGGCUUAACAAUGAGUGAAAACAAUAAUUAUGCAAAGUUGAUCCCCUUACUAGUGCUUUUGGUGUUUGUUUGUAUCUCCUUGUGCCCUUUCAACAUCAUAUACCGUUCAAGCAGAUAUUUUCUGAUCAAAUGUCUAUUUCGCUGCAUUUGUGCUCCAUUUUAUGAGGUCACAUUUCCGGACUUUUUCUUGGCAGACCAGCUAACCAGCCAGAUUUCGGCAAUAAGGUCUAUCGAGUUCUACAUUUGCUACUAUAGUCGACAAGAUUUUCCUCGUGGGCAAGCCAAGUGCCACGAGUAUGGAGUAUACAAUGCUUUUUAUUUUAUAAUAGCAGUCAUACCUUACUGGAUCCGUUGUUUGCAGUGUGUUCGUAGAUUGGUUCAAGAGAGACACUCUAUACAUGGAUACAAUGCAAUGAAGUAUCUUAUGGCUAUAGUUGCUGUUGUUAUAAGAACAGUUUAUGAACUCAAAAGCGGAACACCCUGGUUGGUGAUGGCCCUAAUAACUUCAGCUAUGGCAGUGGCAUAUAAUACAUACUGGGAUAUUGUGGUUGACUGGGGGCUCCUACGCCGGAACUCCAAGAACUUGUUCUUGAGGGACAGACUUUUAGUAUCACAUAAGACAGUAUACUACAUCGCUAUGGUAGUUAAUGUUCUUUUAAGAGCUGCCUGGCUGCAGCUUGUUCUAGAGUUUAAUGUCCAAGGUCUGCAGAAAACAACAAUUUCAACCACAAUAUCAUGUCUGGAAAUAGUUCGUCGUGGCAUCUGGAAUUUCUUUAGGUUGGAGAAUGAGCACUUAAACAAUGUUGGUAAAUUCAGAGCUUUCAGAUCCGUUCCAUUGCCAUUCAACUACCACAAUCAAAAUGAUGCUGAUGAGGAUGAUAAUGAUAAUGACAAGGACGAUUAAGCAAUCUCAGUAUCCUACCAAGCUAGGAUGAUUUCUAUAUGAGAUAUCUGGAAACUGCUUCAUUGCUUCAAAAAUCGUGCAACGUGUCAAUAUCUCGUGUCAAAGGAGCAACUCAACCAAAAGCUUGCAGUUCUCAACUCAGCUUAAAUUUCAGGAAGCAGGCUAGCCAUCUUUAAUCUUUAUUAUUAGCACCUAACACUACACGUUACAUGUCAGCUCAAAUAUCAUACGAGUAGCUCUUAUCACCAAUUAUUUUCGUUCUAUAUAUAGGAGCUAGCUAGGGUAGAGGUAUCGACCCAAUGGUGGAGCACGAUUUUUAAAUUGAGGGGCGAGAAACUUACAUCAAAACUCUAAGUAUUUUUUACGUGUAUUUAAAAGUGUUCAUUGAGGUAUAAAAUGUACGGAGUACUAAACUUGGA